UGGCCAGUUCCAUUUCCGUUCGUUCUGUUCUCGGGGCAUUAGAAUCGCACGCCGAAUGCCGUACGCCGUGCCACUGCCACUGUCGACGUCGACGCCGCCGCUGCCGCUGGCUGAAGCUUUAAGCGAAUUUGAACGCUGCUCGAACUUUAUUCAACGUGUUGGUCUCGUCGCGAGUACACUGAGGUACGGCCUGUCGAACAAGGUUGUGUCGUGUUGCGUUGAAAGUUACAAGUCCCCCCUAGUAGCUACUUCCCAGCUAUUUAUCUUUUUAUUUUUGCCAACAAAUAGCAAAAAACUGUAAUGACUAAACCCCCAGAACCCCCCAAAACAAAUCUAUAUCUUAUAAAAACACAUAUAUACUGAACACCCCUUCCAAAUGAAAAAUAUAAAUCGCGAAUAAAAUAUUUCCAAAAAAAAAAUCAAAAUCAAAACAAAACCAGAGAUCGUACAAUAUUUUUUUCAAGUGUUGAACAAAGAAAAAAAAAGUGCUUUAGCAACAAAACCAACAACAACAACUAAAAUACCACAAUGCCUUACCACAGCUUUACGCUUUAGUGUCACAAAAGUGUGUUUUUUUGUUAAAAAAAUUCCUUUCGAAAAAAAAAAAUAUAGAAGGAAAAAAAAAGUGCAGCCUUUUUUCGAAAACUAAACCCCAAAACCCAAACAGGUGUCUGUCGCCUGGAAAACAGUGUUGGAAAGCGGUGUAUGAAGCAAAGAGAGAGAGAGAGAGAGAGAGAGAGAUACAAUCCAGCAGGUGGAAUCUUCCCCUAGAGCUCUGGUCGGCUCGACUCGGCUCGGAGCGGCGAUUUGUGCAUUUUUUUAAUGAUUCGCUGCCGAGGUGCCGGCUGUUCAACGUUCAACGCAUUCGCUCGGCCCCCGCGAUCUGAGCAACAACACACACUAAAAAAUAAUUAAAAAUAAUAAUAAUAAAAAAUACAAAAUAAAAAGAAAUCUUAAUCGAUGGAUCGGCCAUAUAACCAAACCCCAGAGAACCAAAACUUGACGAUAAAAAAAUAUCCAACUCAGUCCUAGAGCAAAAAAACAAACAUCAACUUGUGAUAAAAAACAAACUAAAAAAACAAAAGUGAAAACAGAGUAAAGUGUGUGCCUCCGAUAACAGAUCGGGUUUAAAAGCCCAGAACUAUAUACAACUAAAAAUACAAAAAAUAUAUAAAAUAUUAAAUAUUAAAUAUUUAUAUACAUAUAUUAUACAUGAGAACUUGGUGAGCAGUAACCGUUCCAACACAACAAGUGCAACGCGUAGGCCUUCAACUGUGAUUUAAAAAAUAAAAAAUAAAAUUUAAAAUUAAAAGUUUAAAAAUUAAAAAAGAAAACAACAAGAAAGAAAGCAAAAUAAGCAAGUUAAUUUAAUUAUAAUUUUGUGUUUAGUUUGUUUUUGGUUUAAAUAUAUAUAUAUUUUCAAUAAAAUCGAUAAGAUCGAUCAAACCGAUAACCGAUUAUAUCGAUAGCCAUGUUCAACUCAAACAUACCGGCCGCCUCGCUGCUCAGCAUCGAUAGCAACAGCUUCGGUCUGGGCGGCCACACCCCCAAGACCCCCGAAAUCGUCAACUCCCUGAUCGCAAUGACGAAUCCCCUGGACAGCUUCAAUUAUGGAGCCGGAGUGGCGGCCGCCGUCUCUGCGGCGGUGGCCUCCGUCUCUGUGGCAUCCUCGGCCUCCUGCAGUGCCGCCUCCACGCCCGGUGUCACGGUCCGCAACUUCAAUGGCCCACCCAACGGACAGUCACACUCACAGGACAGCAGUCAUUCCAGUUGCUCCGGAUCGCCGCUCGACUCACCAGCCGGCACGGCCACCACCCCAAGUGUGCAACAGACCUGCUCGCAACUGAUCAAGGAGGGCCUGAAACUUUCCAUCCAAAGCAAACGCAAGCUAUCCACCUGCGACUCCAGCUCCGGAUCGGAGCAACCCCACUCCAAAUACUCCAGGCGGAGCAGCAGCAACCACAACAACAUGAGCAGCAGCCACAACUACAGCGGCAACAUGAGCAACAACAACGAUGACGAUCUGGAGGAGUCCAGUGACGAGGACAGCGAAACGAAAUCCCAACCGAAGGGAUUGACGCCAGAGGAUGAGGAUCGGAGGAGGAGGCGCCGGGAGAGGAACAAAAUUGCGGCCACCAAGUGCCGGAUGAAGAAGCGGGAGCGGACUCAGAAUCUGAUCAAGGAAUCGGAGGUCCUGGACACCCAGAAUGUCGACCUGAAGAGUCAAGUGCGAGCGCUGGAGACGGAUAGGAGGAGGCUGAUAGAGAUGUUGCAGUCGCACGGUUGCCUGCGAUCUGGAGGUUGCAUUCUACCAAAUCACCUGCUGCAGUCCCCGGCCCAGAAGUACCUGGCCGAACUGGAGCUGGAGCUGGGCAAUGGGGAUCAGGUGAGCAGUAACAGUCAGCAACAGCAACAGCAGCAGCAGCAACAGCGGGUUCAGAGUAUACCAUCGAUGGCGACAUUUAAGUUUGGUUCCAAGACGGCAGCCGCCAUGGCCCAACAGUUGCCGAACGGAUAUUGUAAGCCAUCGCCGAGUGCCCAGGAGUUCGAGCAUGCCGGCUACCAGCAACAGCAGCAACAGUCCACCAGCAGCAACAGCACCACCAGCAGCAGCAACAGCAGCAACAACAGUCUACUGGACCAUCAGCAAUCGAAUCCCAGUCCGGGUCUAAUCUCCGACUAUGUACCGAACUGUGAUGGCUUGAACACCAGCAACACCACCACCAACAACAACAGCAACAGCAGCAGCAAUCCCAACUCUGCCAGCAACAACACCAGCCAAGCCAGUCAGCAACACCAACAGCAACAGCACCAGCAACAACAGCAGCAACAGCAGCAGCAGCAACAUCAGCAACAAGCCAGCAACACCAGCAAUAGCAGCGCCAUCGAGUUUGUCAAAAACGAACUGGUGGACUCGCAGAGUCCCUACACCACCGCCCUGAGUGCCGAGAGGUUCCUGUUCGAACCGAGUGAUGGCUUCCCGGACAUCAAGCAUGCUGUCAGUGUCCUGCCCUCGUCCUGCGGCAUCAAUGGCCUCAACAUGGCCUCCGUCGUCCACAACAGCAAUGGCAAUGGGAAUAAUGGUGUUGCCGGGAACAAUAAUAACAACAACAAUCACAUGGUCGACUUCCAUCAGGGCCUGCAGCACAGCAACAUCGGUGUCGGAGUGGGUGUGGGAGUGGGUGUUGGUGUGGGUGUGGGCGUGAUGACACCGUGCUACGAUGAGGAGCAGGUGCUGUUGCUGAAGAAUGGUUGCUACAGCAACGAUCUACUGUCCCAGAUGCUGGAGGAUAGCGAGUAUGUGGACUUGGAUACGGCCACUUUCAUGACGAACGGUGGUUGUUUGGCGUGAGGAAGGGUGCCGGAGGAUAGGGAGCGAGAACGAGAACGAGAACGAGAACGAUCUGGCGACCGUGACAUACUCCUCCCAGCCUUCAAUCAUCAGCAGACCGCACCAAACCUUCCCCCCCUACCGAAUAAUCCAUCAUCAUCACACAACACCACCGAUUCCCAGGUGGAACUCGAACUGGAGAUGGAGUUGCAGCUUGGCGAGGAGCAGGAUCCGGCCUGGACCCAUGUAGACUAUUGGUGCUAGGUGGCCAGACCCCCCCCCUCCUGACAUACACUCUACUAAUCACAAUCCUAACAGCGCCAGAGGGAGAGUAGAAAUUAGAGAAAGAAACUGAAGAAGUCGCAGCUAGCUGGUCCCAAGUCCAAGUCCUCCACCCAUUCAAAGAGCCAAAUUUAUCCCAGAUAAUAGUAAUCCCAAUAAUCCCAAUCCAAGUUCUUCCAACAGCAGAGUUCCCCCCCAAAACAUGACCACUCGAAUAUUAUCCAUCCGAUGAAAAAAUCCCAUGAUCCAAUCCCCCAGGACCGCCUGGAGCGGCAUCCAGCCUGUGGCUUGACUACCUCAUGAAAGCAAAAGCAGAAACAAUUAACAAAUAACGUUUUUUUUUUUUUGUAAUUAUUAUUAUUAUUAUUAUUAUAAUAUUGUGUAACAUUUAAAAAGUUUUUAUAAAAAAAAAAAAGGAAAGAAACAGAGCGCAGAAAGCACAGAAGCACACUCACAUGCAGAGAUAAGCACUUGCACAACUGUACAUAACCCCAAUUUUUUUGAUACGAUACCUAGAUAUAUCGAUAACAUUCCAUUGCAAGCUUGUGCGAAAGAGCUAGAUAGCUUGAACUAAAGAGAGAUAGAGAGAGAGAGAGAAAGUGCAGUUAUUAACUGCUAGCAGUCACAUCCGCAUCAGUAAUUAUUAAUUUUAAUUUGUUCGAUUCUUUUUGUUUUUGCUCUUUUGCUCCCAACGAAGCCUUAAAAUUACGAUUAACGAUAAACGAUAAAUGAUAAAUGAUAAUCGAUGACUAUAUAUGCUUAUUAUGUGUAAUUGAAAAAAAAUAAAAAAUAAUCGCGAGAGAGAUUAGUGGAAGAGGAAGUUGAGAAUUGGAAGCAGGAAGCCGGAUAUAUGAUGACGUUUGAUAUUUUUUUUGUAAUCCUAGGCUUAGUCAGUGAUAAACCCUAUAUAUAUAUAUUAUAUAAACCCUAUCUUUAAACAACAAAAAACAAAUACGUGUAUGAAUUUUUGUUUUUUUUUUUUGUGUCCAUUAUUUGAUAAGCUAAGUUUAAAAAAGAAGAUGAUUGAUAAAAAAUUGUGUAAGAUGUUGCCUUAAUCAAAAAUGAAAAACGACAAAAAAAAGAAAACUUAAAACAUGAAAACUUUAAAUUGAAAACUAAAACUAGAUUACUAAUCUACACUUUGUUAAUUCUUUUGGAAAACUAAUCUACAACAACGACAUGAUAUAAAUAUUAUAAUUAUAUACACCAGAGAGAUAUAUAUAUAUAUAUUGUAUGUAUUGGGUGGAAAUCGAAGACCUUAAAGUGCUACUAAAAAUACAACAAAAAAAAUGCAAAAAAAAAUACAUUGUAACUUUGCAACUCCUUUCAACUUGCGCCUUAUUACAGUUAAAACGAUGAACAACUUUUGUAAUUUAUAUAUUAUAUAUAAUAUUAUACAUAUGGUAGGAUGAGUCGUGGAUUAUAUAUACAAUCGUGUACUAAAAACAAAAAAACAAAAAGUCUAUAUAUUUGUGUGUGUCUAUUGCUUGAUCGAGCAGAGUUCAUUUAUAUAUAUAUAUAUAUAUAUAUACGGAUAUAAAAUUAUAUAUAUGUAUACAAAUUUGUGUGUAUAAACAGCUGUGAACACCAAAAAGUGGCCUAAAGGAGCAUCCCCCAAACAAAAAACACAAACUACAAAAAAAAAAAUAUAAAAGAAUAUAAAAAUUCAAAUUACCCUCACAAUAAGUGCUUUGAAAUUGUUUCGUAAUUGUAAUUGCCUCGAUUUGUACUAAAGAGUUAACCAACCAUCGAUAACGAUAACGAUAACGAUAACGAUAAAUUAUAUAUUUGAUCAAAUUAAAUCUAUGUAAUUAAAGAAUCCAAUCUAUUUAUAUAACACCCCCAUGAGCACCGCCUUUCGCUAGAGUUACCAAGUCUACCAUAAUGUUAUGUCACUCUCUUCCCUCACAAGAAAAUGCCUGCCUAUUUGCCCUGAAUAGGAUUGUUAAGCAUAUAUGCAAAAAAAAAAAACAAAAAAACAAAAAUUGAUUUAAAAUUAUUAAUUAAAAUUGUAUUUGAGCAUACACCUUAAGCAAAAGUUUACCUCAUACACACAAAGGGCAACCCUGUUCCUUUGCUCGCCGACAUAUUGAUAUUAUUUUCAGCUUCCAACCAAAAAAAAAAAAAACAAAAGAAAAAAUCAAAAAAAUAUAUAUAUUAAUAAAAAAGAAAAGAAAAAACUUUGAAAAGUUUUAAACACUCAGGUCAGGCGAGUUGGGGAACAACCAGGGUUGCCAUCACCACAUUCGAUGUUAAAUGUAAUUCGUAACUGUAAAUGUUAACUGUAAACUGUAAACUGUAAACCGUAACUGUAAAUGGCAAAAUGCAAUCAAAUCCAUGUUAACACCCUCGCUACCGAGGGCCGAAAUGAAACUUCUCGCUUGUAAAUUUUUGUUUAUCAUUUUAUUUUUUUUUCUACUCUGUAUAAUCGAUAUUUUUUCGACGAUUUGUUUGUUUGUUUUUCGAUUAAUAUUCUCUAAUAUAUAUCUAUAUAAUAUAUGGCCUAAAAGAAAGUGUUGAGUUUUGAGUUCGGGGUCGUUUUUUGGGGAAUCGCUUCUGCCUGCAGCUGAAUGGAGGACUAAAAAAAAAAAUUCGUAUAAAAUAGAAGUCAUCGUAGCAGUAGAUCGAAAUCAUCGGAAAAACCACCAAACUCGCUCUCAUUCUAGACGGAAUAAUAAUUUCUUUAGUGGCGCAUCUGCAUUUCUCCAUCAUCUAACCUCUGACCUAUGACCUGUAACCCUGACCUUGACCUGAAACUGGACCCUCAUCCUUAGAUUUUAGUUAAAAAAUAGGCUAUAAAAAAAUAAAAUAAAUCAAGAAGUUGAAAACACAAAAUGCGCUACAAAAGUACCUGGACAAAAGUAACGAUAAACGAUUAACGAUUACCGAUUACCGAUCAACGAUAACGAUAAUUGAAUGUUGAUUAAUGUUUAAAAAUAAAUACCAACCAAAACUCAGCUGCAGGUAGAAAUAAAACCCAAAAAAUAGUACCCCCCCGAAAUGUAUAGCCCUAGACCUAUAUAUAUAUCCAUGUAUAUUGCUAAAAAGAUAUUGAUAAAGUUAAAGAUCUACUAUAUAUUAAUGAAAUAUUUGUAUGUAUGUCCACAAGAAGCAAGAGCAAGCAACAAAAACAAAGAAAACUCCCACAAACUGUGCUAAAAAAAAAUAAUAAUACGAAAUAAUAUGCAAAGUGUCGAAUGUGUUGAGAUUGAGAGUCCCGGAUAUUAUUUGUGUAAUUUUGACGAGAGCAAAACUAUACGGAAAAUAGAUCUAAAUGACUUGAAUUGUGAAAGCCAAGCCUCCUUCCCUCAUCCAAUCGAUGUAUGUCUAACAGAUCUAAUUGAUAGUCAACAAAAAUUAAGAAAAAAAUAAUAUGAAAAGAAAAGAAGCUCCCUAUCCAGAGUGUUCUAUGUUAUCCAAGUAGCUGUAUCCGUAUCUCUAACGUUCGCUGUAUCCGCAUCUGUAUCUGUAUCUCUAACUGUCUCUGUAAACCAUCUCCGAUCCGAUCCGACCACAACCGAUCACACUCUAAAAGAACUACAAUAAAAAUUCAAGUUUAAUAUCCAAAAAAAAAA